UCAAGCUUUCAAGUUUGGUUUCGUUUCAAUCCUUUUGACAUUUUUGCUGCUAUUUAAAGUUAGGGGAUUUACUCUCUGUUUUUCGUCUUGAUUCGUUGUUUCGAUUAUUUUAGGUUAUAAAGAAAUUAAAUUAUAUGAGGAACUAUUGAACUCGAGUUUGAGUCUAAAAAACAUAUACUUGCUGGAUUCGGUUUUGUUAGAAGAGCAUUGCAUGAUUGAAGUCUCAGGUUCAAAUAUCAGCAGAGACGAAAAUAUAAAGGGUGGUUGCUAAGGAAUAUGACUGAACUUCUCUCCAUGGCCAUGGCCAUGGCUGUUGAUGAUGACAUGAAAGAUGACAGUGAUUCUCCGCUUGACCUCAUUUCUGUAGAUAGCAACAAGAGUGGAGAUGUGCUUUCACCUGAGGAUGUAGCAUGGGCUGACUCAUGCCUCAUUAAUGAUCUUGCUAUAUUGGACAACGGCAUGGAUUCUUUGAAACAUGUCUUACUGGACACUUUUCCUUCCCAAGCAAUCUUUUCUGCAGUGAUAAGGGAUGACUCUCCUCAAGACUCUCGUAUUGUCCCCUCCAUUGAAGAGACAGAAAUUUCAGGGAUUUUAGGUGACUCGAUUUAUGAUUUUUCUCCAAUUAAUGAACAAGAAGGGGACACUACUCGUCAUCUGAUAAAUAACAAAGAUCCAGAUAUUUUUUGGUCCAGAAUUAACUUAGAAAAUGUUUUUUCUUCCACCUAUAACGAGGACAUGAGAGUAGUUGAAGCCUCCGAUUCUGAAGUAGAUUCAGAGUUUUCAACAUUUGUUGAAGAAAAUUUAGAUGACGAUAUAUUCAAGGUCUGGGAACUUGACAUUCCCGAUGAGGAAGAUGGGCUUGUUAAACAGCUCAACAAAGCCCUUGUAGGAAGCUCCGUGGACUCCAUCCCUCCAGCUUCUGAAAAUGUUGAGGUACUGGUCAACAAGUUGGUUGAUGAUAUCGUUUCUGGCCUCGAUGACAUGUCAUUGAAUCCAACAACUGAUUAAGUUAUGUUGCAAAUCCAAAUUCUGAUCUGGAGCAUGCUGCUUUAGAUGCAAAGCUCGAGGUAGUUUGAAGAAAACUUCAACGAAUCCGUUUUGCAGCUUACUGUUUCUGACUUGAUUUCUCGUAUAAAGAGGUUGGCAUGUCUGUGCGUGGUCCAAGAAGGAAAGACGAUCAUAUUCGCUCAGGCAUAAAUUUGCAGAUGUUGCUCAAUGUUUUAGUUAUUUAGCUUGAUUAUUAAGUACAACUAGUAUAAGAAAACAGGUUUUUGUCCUUCAACUUUCCUUGUAUAUUGGUAUAUAGAUUACUUAGUUAAUGCUUUCCUUCCUUUUGAACUGGAGUCUGUUAGCUGAUACAAUAAAUGGGAUUUUAGAUUCGGUGCAUGAAA